AUGGAUGGAAAAGUUCAGGAAGAGAGAAAGUGUAAUAUAGGUUAUAAAAUGCAGUUUAAUCAAAUGUUUAUAAUAAUAAUCACAAUUAGUUGUAUCAGUGUAUUAGCGAUUGAUGUUGAUCCAUCAAAAUCAGUAUUAUGGGGUCCAGGAUUAAGUCCUGCAAAAAUUACCAUGCGUUCUCGGUAUUUUUUUAUCCAAUUAAUUAAUUCUGAGGGCAAAAACUUGACCCAGUCUCCAACAGAAUCAAUUGUUCAAGCCAAAGUAACUGGACUAAAUAAAAACAAUCAUGGAUGCAGAAUCUGGACCCAAGUAUUGGAUUGCAAUGAUGGAAGUUUUAUAAUUAGAUAUAAACUGUUCGAGACUUGUUAUAAUUUAAAUAUUAAAGUAGUAAUUAAUAAUGAAAUUUUACCUGCUGGAUCAAUACACGAAAAAGGUCCGGUGUAUGAAGAAGAGUGCUACUGCCCGAAUCAGUCAGUAGAAAGCUGGCUGAAAAAUUAUGAAUGUUCUGAAGAAUAUCACCAAAUUACUGAGGACCUUAAAAUAUUUCCAUCAAUUAAUUUUGAUGAACUAAGAGAUGAUCUGAUUAAGGAGUACCAUAAGCCUCAUGCUCAUAGUUUUUGUCAUUAUGUUGUUAAAGAUAAUAGGAUUUACAGGAAUUGUUAUGGACAACAUGUUGGGUUCAAGAUGUUCUCGGAUUCGAUUUUACUGUCCCUGGCGAGAAAAGUUAGGCUGCCUGAUGUGGAGUUUUUUAUGAAUUUAGGAGACUGGCCGUUGAUUUCUAAAAUUAAGAAGGCUUAUCCGAUGUUUUCUUGGUGUGGGUCUGAGGAAACUAAUGAUAUUAUUUUGCCUACUUAUGAUAUUACUGAAUCUUCGUUAGAAAAUAUGGGAAGAGUAAUGUUGGAUAUGUUAUCAGUUCAAGGAAAUAUUAAGACACCCUGGGAAAAGAAAAUUGAAAAGGUAUUUUGGCGUGGUCGAGAUUCAAGAAGAGAAAGAUUAGAUUUAAUUGAUAUUGCUAGAAAAAAUCCAGAUCUUUUUAAUGCUUCUAUAACAAAUUUCUUUUUCUUUAAAAAUGAAAUGGAUAAAUAUGGACCUGGAGAGAAACAUACUUCGUUUUUUGAUUUUUUCAAGUAUAAAUAUCAAUUAAAUAUUGAUGGGACUGUUGCAGCGUAUCGGUUUCCAUAUUUACUCGCUGGAGACUCGUUGGUAUUUAAGCAAGAGUCGAAGUAUUAUGAAUUUUUUUAUCAUCAUACAGUUCCUGGUGAACAUUAUAUUCCGGUGAAGCAUGAUUUAUCGGAUCUAGUAGAGAAAAUUAAAUGGGCUAAGAGUAAUGAUGGUGAGGCGUUGAAAAUUGCGAAAGCUGGUAGGAGGAGAUUGAUGAGAGACGUUGCGUUACCGCGAGAUGUGUUUUGUUAUCAUGUGCAUUUAUUACAGGAAUGGAGUAAAAAGAUACAAAAUAAAAUAAAAGUACUUGAGGGGAUGGAGGAAGUACAUCAGCCGUCUUACGAUUGUAAAUGUGUGAAUAAUAUUGAAAAAAGAACAGUUAAGAAUUGUUAUGGACAACAUGUUGGGUUCAAGAUGUUCUCGGAUUCGAUUUUACUGUCCCUGGCGAGAAAAGUUAGGCUGCCUGAUGUGGAGUUUUUUAUGAAUUUAGGAGACUGGCCGUUGAUUUCUAAAAUUAAGAAGGCUUAUCCGAUGUUUUCUUGGUGUGGGUCUGAGGAAACUAAUGAUAUUAUUUUGCCUACUUAUGAUAUUACUGAAUCUUCGUUAGAAAAUAUGGGAAGAGUAAUGUUGGAUAUGUUAUCAGUUCAAGGAAAUAUUAAGACACCCUGGGAAAAGAAAAUUGAAAAGGUAUUUUGGCGUGGUCGAGAUUCAAGAAGAGAAAGAUUAGAUUUAAUUGAUAUUGCUAGAAAAAAUCCAGAUCUUUUUAAUGCUUCUAUAACAAAUUUCUUUUUCUUUAAAAAUGAAAUGGAUAAAUAUGGACCUGGAGAGAAACAUACUUCGUUUUUUGAUUUUUUCAAGUAUAAAUAUCAAUUAAAUAUUGAUGGGACUGUUGCAGCGUAUCGGUUUCCAUAUUUACUCGCUGGAGACUCGUUGGUAUUUAAGCAAGAGUCGAAGUAUUAUGAAUUUUUUUAUCAUCAUACAGUUCCUGGUGAACAUUAUGUUCCGGUGAAGCAUGAUUUAUCGGAUCUAGUAGAGAAAAUUAAAUGGGCUAAGAGUAAUGAUGGUGAGGCGUUGAAAAUUGCGAAAGCUGGUAGGAGAUUGAUGAGAGACGUUGCGGCGUUACCGCGAGAUGUGUUUUGUUACCAUGUGCAUUUGUUACAGGAAUGGAGUAAAAGGAUACAGAAUAAAAUAAAAGUACUUGAAGGGAUGGAGGAAGUGCCUCAGUCGUCUUAUGACUGUAAAUGUGUAAAUGAUAUAGAAAAAAGACAAGUAAAGUCUGAAUUGAAGAAUGAAUUAUAA